AUGGCUUCUCCCCUCAUGGAUUCCCUUCUUGGGAUUCCGUCUCUGUCAACGUACGCCCAUGUCUUCAAUAGAACAGGCGGUGUUGUGGAGAUCAACCCGAUGUUCACCAAGCGCUUCAACUACGACGAGGACCAGCGGAACUAUACUUUCCUGGCUCCCACGAACGAGGCAUGGGCCAAGAUCCCACCGAGCACUCUGGACAUCCUCAUGACGCCGCAGGCCUACCCUCUAACGGAAGCCCUACUCCGCACGCACAUCAUCGAAGCCCGUCUUACAGCCGCCGAGCUGGUGAGUGUGUCUGGGGACACCAGCGCGGGGGGAAUAUCGACCUCUCUCCAACUAUCCAACACAACAGCCCAGUUCCACCGGGGGAUCCUCACCAAAACCGUGCAGGGCUACUACAUCGACUGCACCAAUUCCACGGACGGCAACAGCACAGUCCUCAUCGACGGGCAAGCGAGCAUCGUGCAGGCGGACAUCAUCGCCGACAACGGCCUCAUCCACCAGAUCGACCAGCUCAUUGAUCCGUUCCUGGUGUACGGCGGCGGGCCCAGCAAUCGGACGACGGCGCCAACAAUCGAGAAAACGGACCUGACCAUCGCCGCGUUCUUGCAAAGCGACCCUCGGCUCGUCAACGCUUCGAAGAUCCUCCAGGUUAACUCGCCGGAUACACUGCGCCGUUUAUCGAAGACGGGCUCGAAGCAGUUCUUCGUGGCGCCGCAGAAUGAGGCGUAUGAUCUCAUGCCGACUAUCCUUCCUGUGUUCCAUACCCUGGUAUCCCCAUACAAAAGCCCCUUCAACACCCUCCUGUGGCAGUACGGCUGGGUCGACAGCGACGGCGAGCAGUUCGGCAGUCUCAACUUGAGCAACAUGACGGUCUCGAUAGCCAGCGACGUGACGGGCCUGAACAUGACUGUGACGCAGGAGGGUGAUGCCGUGUUCAUCAUGAACGCCGGUCUCGUCACGCAGGUCGAGACGGCCAAUGGGUAUCUGUGGAUCGUGGACCGGUGGCUGGACCCGUUGUAUCAGGCGUUUGGGCCGGUGGACCGGUUUGGCAUGGCUGCUUGGCCCUGA